UCCUUGGAGGGACGUUUCCAUACUUGGUCUCUUCGGCCUCGGAGAUUGCGUUCUCACCCAAAGACCGGAGGUCAACGCUACUGAGAGAGAGAGAGAGACUCUGCAGGGAUGAGAAUCCAAGGCUGUUCUCCAAAUUGUCCGGUGGCGUCCCCCGAACGGCCGCUGUUCUGACACGCAAGGGCAGCCUGAGAAGUUUUUUCAUUCCCCCACCUCUUGAACAACACAACGUUGGUCCUCUUGGCAGCUUGACGUUUUGGCAAGAAGGCCGUUCCGGCGGUGCUGCAGGGCAUCUGGCCGCGGCAUCUGUGCUAUGAAUUGGUGUUUAUCGAUUGCCUGUAUCAUCCUGGUCUGGAGCAGCUUCGCUGACGCAGGUGAACGUGAAGAACAGCCCCGCGCUGUGAUUGGCCGAAUAGGAGAGAGCGCCAUUUUGAGCUGCGACUUACUCAAGCCAGCUGACGCAAGUCCCCCCCUUUACGUUAUCGAGUGGGUUCGUUUUGGCUUCCUCCUGCCCAUCUUCAUCAAAUUUGGCCUUUAUUCCCCCCGUGUCGAUCCAGAAUAUGUAGGUCGUGUAUGGAUUCAGGAAGGUGCCUCUCUUCGGAUUGAGCGACUGCGUGCCGAAGACCAGGGCUGGUAUGAGUGCCGUGUGCUCUUUCUGGACCGUCCUAGCAGUGAAGAUGAGUUCCAGAAUGGAACCUGGAUCCACCUCACCGUCAACGCUCCCCCUACUUUCCAAGAGGUCCCGCCAGCGUUCCUCGAAGUGCAGAACCAGAAGCCUCUCACGCUCACCUGUUUGGCAGCUGGCAACCCGCAGCCAGUGGUCACCUGGCAGAGGGGCAACCAGACCAUUGAAGGUGGAGACAAAGUACAGGUGAAGAACGGGUCUCUGGUCUUUGCCAGUGUGGAGCGGGCCAGUGCCGGGGCAUACACUUGCCAAGCCACGAGCAAGGAGGGCACCGUCACCCAUACGACCCGCCUGCUGGUCCAAGGGCCGCCGGUCAUUGUGAUGCCCCCACGGAACGUCACCGUCAAUCUCACCCAAGAUGCCUUUUUGACCUGCCAAGCUGAGGCCUAUCCGGUCAACCUCACUUAUAGCUGGUUCCAGGGGAAUACGAAUGUUUUUCACCUCAGCCACCUCCAGUCUCGAAUUCGAAUCUUAGUCGAUGGAAGCCUCUUAAUCCAGAAAACGACUGCAGAGGAUUCGGGGCGUUACACCUGCAUCCCCAGCAACGGGCUGAAGAGAUCACCGUCUGCCUCGGCGUUCCUUACCGUCCUGUAUCCAGCACAAGCGACCGACAUGCCCCCUGAGACGCUCCUGCCAAUAGGAAUGCAAGGAAUAAUCAGCUGCCCCAAUAAGGCCAACCCACCGCUGCUCUUCAUCAACUGGACCAAGGAUGGGGAACCCUUGGAGUUAGGCAAGUUUCCAGGUUGGACCAUGAGGGCUGACGGUGCCAUCCUGAUCACCACCAGCAAUGACGAUGCCCUCGGCAUCUAUGCUUGCACCCCGUAUAACAUCUAUGGCACGGCUGGUUCUUCAGCACCCACCCGAGUCCUCUUGAAGGAUCCGCCUAUGUUCACUCUGCGCCCCAAGGAAGAAUAUUUCCAGGAGGUCGGGCGGGAGCUGCUUAUCCCUUGCGCUGCCCGAGGUGACCCUGCGCCCAUUAUUUCUUGGACUAAGAUGAGCAGCAAAGGCCUGGCCAAUGCCCAGGUUGACCGGAACAAUAGCCUGGUUUUACACCCGUUGACCAAGGAACAGCACGGCCUAUGGGAAUGUACUGCUAACAAUGGUGUCGCCCGGGUCAGCGCCAUAACCACUGUCUACGUAUUGGGCACCAGUCCUCAUGCUGUGGCUAAUGUCUCCGUGCUGCCACUCCAGCAGGCCGCGAACGUCACCUGGGAACCGGGUUUUGAUGGGGGUUACUUCCAGAGGUUCAGCAUCUGGUACACACCACUGCUGAAGCACCUCCAUCGGCCUCACCACGACUGGGUCUCGCUUCCCGUGCCUGUCGGUGCCUCGCACGUCCUGGUGGAGAACUUGCAGUCAGACACCGGCUACCAGUUCAGCGUCCUGGCGCAGAACAAACUGGGGAGUGGGCCCUUCAGCGAGAUUGUCACCACCGUGCCGCUAGGUUAUCCAAUGAGCACCAUGCCGCCGCCCACUUCCCCGGGGACUCCCUCACAGAUCUUUCUGUCCCCUCCUCAAUCUCUGAUGGCCAACGAGACCACGCGGGGGGUUCUGCUCCUCUGGGAACCACCUUUCCAUUACUCUGUGGCUCUGACCGGCUACGCGCUGGAGCUGCGGCUGGACCAGGGGGGCUGGGAGGUACUCGAUGGGUCCAUCCCCAGUUCUGAAACUCAACUCCUGGUGCCUGGCCUAAUUAAGGAUGCCUUCUAUGAGUUCCGCCUGGUGGCCUUUGCGGGCAGUUACAUCAGUGACCCCAGCAACGUAGUCAAUGUUUCCACGACAGGCAUGGAAGUGUACCCGUCUCGAACCCAGCUCCCGGAGCUGCUUCCACAGCCUGUGCUGGCUGGCGUGAUCGGAGGCGUCUGUUUCCUCAGCACCGCCGUCAUCUUCAGCACCAUGGCGGCUUGCAUCAUGAACCACCGGCGAGCGUCCCGUCUCCGGAAACGCAGGCAAGUUGCUCUCCAUGUGAUUUCCCCUUUGUGUUCUCAUGAACUUCCAGAUCCACCAAUUGUGUUCUCCCCCAACAAGAAGCUUCUGCCGUCACAAAAUUCUACAGGCUCUGCUAGCCCAGACAGCAUUGUAAAAGUGAAAUUCCAAACGUCCCCCUACCAGAGCCUUCGCCGCAGCUUGCUGUGGGGAGAGAAGGCCGGCGCUGAUCCGGGCCUCGACAUCUUUGGCAGCGACUUGGGGAAUGGGUCCAAAUUCGUCCUCUACGAAAGCCACGUCGGGGAACCCCUCCCCUUGGAGCACAUCCGCCGUGGCCCCGACGGGCGCUUUGUGGUCCAGAAGGAGGAAGGGCCGCCUCACGAACGCUCGGCAGCCGCGACAGAGCGAUAUUCCCUCUCUCCGGCUUCCUCGGACAGCCAACCGGAGCCUUACCUGCAGCUGUACUCUCCCGCAAGACCGGAGGAGCUGGUGUGGCAGAAAAGCAUCCGACUGAGGCCCAAGAACGCAAGCGUGGCCCGCCGUAAAGCCAAGGCCUCCGGCUACUGCCAGGGCCACUACUUUGACCGCAACAGCAGCAGCCCGACAGAGGAAGCGAAGCCCUUGUGCAUCGCGAAUAUCAGCCCAGUGACGACAAUGCCCUAUGGGGCCACGAAGCAGCCGGCAUGGGCUAGCCAGGCCUCCAAAGGGCCCGCGGACGUUGCGGCCGCUUCCUCCUCUCCUGGCCGGUCAAAGAGUCCUUCCUUACCCACCUACGGUCGGCCUCCGAGUAGCCAACUCCAAGCCAAUACCUCGGACCAAAGUGGGAUUCUCCAGUACCUGAGCCUCCCAUUCUUCAAAGAGAUGAACGUGGAUGGAGACGAAGAGGAGGAGGAGGAGGAGGAAGGGAAGGAAACGUUCACCCCUGCUUUCCUUGAAGAUUCAGCCAGCCUCAAGCGAACUGUCUUAGGCAAUGAGGACAGAAUCCUUUGUCCGGACUAUAUGGAUGUCCAAAUCUACUCAGACUCUGAACCAACCCUGGCCAAAUCUCUUCUGAGUCUCCCUCAACCCAACACCGGCCCGGCGAAAGCCGCCUUGCCCGGGACUUCGGUUUGCUCAAAUUCCCUGGGCUCUGUUUCGGAAGGGUGCAAGGAGCGGGACCCUCGGUUGCGGGCGCCCCUCCCAGGCCGUAGCCAGACUGAGACGGCGCACGUGGCCGUCCCCGUGGAACCCGACUGGCUGCGGGUGUCCGAUCUACCCCCGGUUGAGUCUCUCCCUCCCGAGAGACACAAAUUCCCGGCUUCUGUGGCCGCCGAGAAGUUCUUGAGGGGCAGCCUGGCCAGCCAAAGCAGCGGCCGAGGCAGCGUGUCCUUUCUGAGACCCCCUUCGGUGGCGCCGUCCUUGGUGGGCAGCUACCUCAGUUCCCCCUUUGGGGAAGUGGUGGGCUGGCAAAGCAACUGCGUGGAGGAGGAGGAGGUCGAGCAACCCUCGAACGCUCUGGUUCCUGCGGUCAGUAAAAGAAGGAACACGUCUGUGGAUGAGAACUAUGAAUGGGACUCGGAGUUCACCCUGGAGUCCGAACUACUGGACGCCCUGCAUCUGUACCGCAUUGAGAACCCCAAAAGGCCUGUUUCCACCAUCGCCGUGCAGGAGCUGGAGAAACAGAGUUCAAAGACCUCCAGUGAAACCAGUGGCUCGCCCUCAAAUUCCCGAUCUGUGGGUGCCUUAGAGGGGUCCAUCUCUCCUCUGUCCUGUCCUGAGGAACGCUGUGCGGCCCUCCGCGAAGAAUUUUUGGCGUACCGCCGGCGUCGAGAGGCCACCCAGCAACGCCGCCAGAAGCUGGCCUCCGGUCACAGCCGGGGGAAUGAGCGAUUCGAGCAGGCGACUUUGCUGUGAGGAGUCUUCUGCCUCCCCAAAAACCAGCCUGGUCACGUUGUCGUCCGUGACGCAGUGGGGUCUCUCCACAACUGUCGAGUUGUCUUGUGAUGGGAGCCCACCAGAACGACACAAGGGAACUGCAUUCUGGAUGGAGUGUGGGAUUCUUAAGUGAUUCGGGGAAGUUUUCUACAAAAGGGUGGAUGAAGAGCAUCUUAGGCUGGGAGAAAAUGGGUUAAAAGGAUUGGCUAUGUGGUUUAUUUUUUAAGCCUCCUGUUAAUUGGGUAGGGGGUAAAGGGUUUUGUUUCGUAUACCGAGUCUUUGAUGAAAAUGAAAGACGUUGUACUAAA